UAUAUAAGAAGAAGCCGGGAUGAUGAUGACUGUUGUUUCAAGUCGUCUCGUUUCACAGGCCGCAGCGCCCGAUUAUUUUUUCCUUCCAUUCUCUCUUGUCGUCCCCGGGGGAGUCGGGAGAAUGCCUCGGGAGCGUCAAUUAAUAACGGAAGCGGGCAGAAGGGCAAAUCAUGGUCGAUCAGCAUGCAGCCGGAACCCAGUUUAUUUGACCAACUUGACGUUCUGGUUUGCUGUUCGGCAAGUCUCAUGCAACCCGUUUUUACAUGCUAUCCUUGGCAAACCUACCCUCCAAGCCAAGACGAAACUCAGGACCCCCCUUUUCUCUCUCUCUCCCUCUCUCUCUGUCUGUCUCUCCCAUUCCUUCUCGCCUGCCGUCCCGACCGAGAGUCUUUCAUUUGGAGCAAAUGCGCAGUUGUCCUGCGGCGUAUUUUGUCCGCGUAUCCCAGGGUCCCGACGGGGUUAAAAUUGUAUGGAUGGAUGGGGUGUGAAGAUCCUUGGCGGGGGAAAUGGAUGGCUGCACAGCCCCCUCUAUCGUUCUGGGCGCAGAGAGAUGAGGAUGUGAGAUCGAGGUUGUUUGAGAUAUAAUUGAGGAGAUGCCAUCCCCCAUCUGCGUUUCGCAUCCAAGAAGACCACAAUUUCUUUCACAGCAAUCUUCGUGCGGUUUACUGCAUCCGUUCCUUUGUGUUUUCUCUUUCCUCCUAGUCACUCCCUUCAAUCCCAGGCGGAAAAGCAUUGCGAACUUCGAGUCGAGCCAUCCGCAGAUCUCGCUCGUCCGCCAUCUCACUGAAUCAGUCAGUCAACAUGACGACGGAACAACCACAGAGGCAAUUUAUGGAACCCAACAUGGAGCCGCCCAAAGACGAGAAAAUAGAGAAGGAGAGUUGGUCAUGUGCUCAGUGCUGCUCGAGCUGCAUGGACUGCAUGAUGAUGUGCUUCCGCUUUUAAGCACGAUCGACCUCUCUGAGCGAGAGCUACAAAUACGAUGACGGUUUCCGGUAUCCAAGAAAAAACAGGACGUCGGAGUUGGCUCGACAUGUGUAUGCAAUGGGUCCGGUCGUCGACUUGGUUGGGCAAUUAUAUGAUGGUUACGGUCGUGAGCGAUGGGCAACAGUCGGACACUCACUCUCCCACCCAUAACGAGGAGAGGAACGGGAGUUGCUGGAGUUUCGGUCUACGGUGGGGUCAUGGUGUCGAUUAUACCUGGGGGUUUUUACUUUCCGAUAUCCCUUUUCACUCUUGUUUCCGAGUCUAUAUUUUUUCCAAUCAAAAAUGCCUUUUGCGCGGCGGUUCUUUGGAUAGGAUCUUUGUUCCUUGCUGGUGACACGCAUAGUCUGUCAACCAUCGACAGGUAGCAAGAAGUCCGUGCGCGAGCUUCUGAGCUCCACUCAAAAAUCGCCAGCCCAACGAUGCCCCUCCACUUAAUUUCGCCCUGUCUCUCUUGCUCUCCCAGUGUGUUAUUCCGACGAUCCAGCCUCGUGGAACGCUCUUCCCCGGCCAAUCAACCAACUUCGCGAUCAUCGUCAUUCUCGACAGAUCCUCGACCCGCGCGACUCCGUCACCCCAAACCAUCUACCCGCUUCGACGUUCCUCUCCCACCGCCCGUAGCCCCAGCCAAUCUCCCAGGAACGCAUACACGCACACACAUAUACACUCAUAUACGCACAUUCGCAUACCGCAACGAUGGCCGACGUGGAAAUGGAAAUUGACAACCCCCCCUCCCCCUCUGCCGCCGCCGCCGCCGUUGGAGGCGAGGCCGCCCCCGCCCGUAACGAGUCUGAGAUGCAGACACACGGCCGCGCCACUGCCGUCCGCUCCAUUGAGGGCUGGAUUAUCAUGGUCACCAACGUCCACGAGGAGGCCGACGAGGAAGCCAUCCAUGACAUGUUUGGCGAGUUCGGUGAGAUCAAGAACUUGCACCUCAACCUCGACCGGAGGAGUGGUUACGUAAAGGGCUACGCACUUAUCGAGUACGCCACCCUUGCCGAGGCCCGCGCCGCCAUCGACUCGGCCCAUGAGACCAAGCUUCUCGACCAGACCGUUUACGUCGACUUCGCCUUCGUCCGCCCCCCGCCCGGCAGCAAGGGCGGCAGCGGCGGCGGCAACCGCGGUGGAGCCGGUGCGAGACCCCAGAACCGCGGCCGCGGCCGGAGUCGCAGCCGCAGCCGCAGCCGCAGCGUCGACAGGGAGGCGGCGGCGGCGGCCGCCGCCGCUAAGGACAGCGGCGACAUUGAAUGAUAAAGGGAAGCCUUGUGACAGCAGUCAGCGGUGAAACGAAGGCCAAUUGAUGGUUUGGGAAAGAGACAAGGAGAAGACAAUGUGAAGGGGAAAAAGGCCAACACGAGCACGGCUGGCCUUUCGCCGAUGUGUUCCGCGAUCAAGCGCAGCCGGAAGAGAGGCAGAGAACGCCAAGGCUCGAUCGCGAGAAAGCACGUCGGCAUGUGUGAUUUGGCCCGAAAAGGCUAGAUAACAAGAAAACGGAAAUUGUCCUUCAUACCAAAUACUACGAUAUUCCAGCAGCGCAAUCUUUUCUCUUCCCUUAUCCCUUCACUGCCCUCUUGACUGGGGGUUUUUUUCUGUUUUUUUUCUUCUUCCUGUUGACUGUAACGGUUUGUGAGAACCCUGAUCAGUGGUGACGAAUUCUUCUCUGACUUGACAUUUU